CUCUACGACAUGGCGCUCUCUCCUGCCCGCGAUACCGAGAGACGCUCGCCGUCGCCCGCGAACGACGACAGCCCGGUGAUCAAGCGCGCUGUGCGGACCUAUGGCCGUGCGCGACCUGCUGCAGCGGACAACGCGCGUGCGCUGGCUAGCACGGCCGCCAAGGCGGCAUCCCCGGAACCCUUGCGCGAGCGCGCACCACUAUCUACUAUUCUACGCGCCAGGCCCAGCCAUAGCGACAUCGCGUCUGACGACGACGAAGACGACGAAGUGGACAACAAUGCUGUUCCCACGAAAUUCGCCUGGGAUUGGCAGAAGCAGCUGAAAGCCUUCAGUGACGAUGAAGACGAUGAAGGGGUCGACGAGCUUCCCGGGAAAGCGCUUGGGAGGAAGCAGCCACACGAUGCGCUUGCAGCUCACGACACGCCCGACGUGUCCCUCGACGCGUCCGACCUCCCAUCCUCAGCCAAGACGCUUAUUGAGCGAUCGCCAGUCAACCAAACUAUAGAAUCAUCACAAUCUAGCCUCGGCGACUCUCCCAUCCCCCGCCAUAAAUCCAAACCUCGUCGUGCGAUCGUGGCGGAUUCGGACGACGACGAAGAGCAGGCGCCCAGGAAGCCUGCUAAGCCGCUUUCCGCUUUCAGAGGAACGCCCUCCGACUCAGAUGACGAGCUGCCGGCUACUGUGACCAUCUCGCCUCGGAGAAAACCCUCUUCCGCCGGGAAGCCCCUGCCACUCGGCGUACAACAGCUGCUCAAGGCGGGAAAGGGAAGCCUAAAGUGAAGGCACCUACGAAGAAGCAGCUUCAGGAGACGGAGAAGGAAGGCUGGCGCAUUGCACAAGAACGCAACACUUCCCUGCGUGCGACCGAGCCUGAGCGUCCAAACAAAUACACCAAGGCGAACUUGUUCACCCUCCUCGGCGGC